GUUGAAGUGCUUCUUUUCCUGUAGCAGGUAUUUGCAGCAGGCUGGCUCUUUGUUACCCUUUCCUCUCUUCACUAUGUAGGUGCUUUGAAGUUCGAAGACAAAUCUGAUGCAGUUUUUGACCUUACAGAGAAAUGUGGUGAUAUUUUGGAUGCAGAGAUGUCUGAGGACACGGAUCACAACCUAGCACCUGCCCUUGAUGGCAUAUCCUAUGGAAUGCAGAAUCGAGCAGGAUCGGCAAACUCGCUGCUGGAUGAGGAUGAUUAUUUUCUGAACUCUGGGGAUCUUGCCGGGAUUCCAGUUGUUGGGAGUGACAAUGAGGACGAUCCGAAUUUCUCUCCAAAGGACAGUCUCCCUUCUGUGAUUCACGCUGAAGAUAGCUUGGGAGAGGGGAAAAGAGUUACAGAACAUGAGUUGGACAGUGAAAAAGAACUUCAAAUACAAAAUGCAAUCCAAAAGGACCUCACUUCACCAUUUGACCAAGGCCCUAUUUUUAAGUCAAUUCGGAAAGAUUUUAGCAUAACAAGAGAUAAUGGCAAGGAGACUUUUUCAACAAAGGAGAAAAACAGAGAAGGACCUUUUCAAGAACGUGAAAAACGUUUGGAAAAAAUCCCUAAGGAGAUAGAUUCCAGAUUGAAAAGCAGUUUCCAUGAUAAAACAGUUACUAAUCAAGUAGAAGAAACAAUUCGGACACAGUUAGCGCCACAAGCUCCAGAAUCGAAUUUCAGGGAGUCUAGCUACCUAUUUUCUAGUAAGGAACCCAUUGGACAAGAACUGGGGAAUUCCUUUACACCAAGCAUUAGAAUUAAAGAAGAGCCUUUGGAUGAUGAAUACGAUAAAGCUAUGGCACCACCACAGGGACUAUUAGACAAAAUUAAAGAUGAACCAGAUAACUCUGAGGAAUAUGGCCAGCAGCCAAAAACUCAGGAAGGGGAGCUGAAAAUCAGCGCUGUAUUUUCAGUCAGUGGCAGCCCUCUUGCUCCACAGCUGACAUCAGGUUUCCAGCCUGCUGUGUCAUCCUCUGGUGUAAAUAAAAUGCUUCCUUCAGUUCCAACCACGGCCAUCCGGGUUUCCUGUUCUGGCUGUAAAAAAAUCCUCCAGAAGGGGCAAACAGCAUACCAGAGGAAAGGCUCGACUCAGCUCUUCUGCUCCACACUGUGCCUCACUGGAUACACUGUUCCAGCUUCUCGCCCACCAGCUUCUACCAAGAAAACCUGCUCAAGUUGCUCAAAAGACAUUUUAAAUCCAAAGGAUGUAAUCACUGCCCAGUUCGACAAUACAAACUCCAGUAAGGAUUUCUGCAGCCAGUCAUGUCUCUCUACAUAUGAACUGAAAAGAAAACCUGUUGUUACUAUUCACACUAACAGCAUUUCAACCAAGUGCAGCAUGUGCCAGAAGAAUGCAGUGAUUAGACAUGAAGUUAAUUACCAGAAUGUUGUACACAAGCUCUGCAGCGACGCCUGCUUCUCGAAGUUCCGUUCUGCUAAUAAUUUGACUAUGAACUGCUGCGAGAACUGUGGGGGCUACUGUUACAGUGGCUCUGGCCAGUGCCACAUGCUUCAAAUAGAAGGCCAGUCAAAAAAGUUCUGUAGUUCAACAUGUGUCACGGCAUACAAACAGAAGUCAGCAAAAAUUACUCCCUGUGCACUGUGCAAGUCCUUGAGAUCUUCAGCUGAGAUGAUAGAGAGCACAAAUAACUUAGGAAAAACUGAGCUGUUUUGUUCAGUUAACUGCUUAUCAGCAUACAGAGUUAAAAUGGUUACUUCUGCAGGUGUUCAAGUUCAGUGUAACAGCUGCAAAACUUCAGCAAUCCCUCAGUAUCACUUGGCUAUGUCAGAUGGGAGCAUACGCAAUUUUUGCAGCUACAGCUGCGUAGUAGCUUUUCAGAAUUUGUUCAACAAGCCUGCAGGAAUGAAUUCCUCUGUGGUGCCCUUGUCUCAGGGUCAAAUCAUUGUAAGCAUUCCUUCGGGGGCAACGGUAUCGGCAGGUGGCACUACCUCGACUGUCUCCCCCAGCUCCAUGAGCAGCUCAGCUGCAGCUGGUCUACAGAGGCUUGCUGCUCAGUCCCAGCAAGUUACUUUUGCCCGCACUGUUGUGAAACUCAAGUGUCAGCACUGUAACCGACUGUUUGCAACCAAACCUGAAUUGCUUGACUACAAGGGUAAAAUGUUUCAGUUUUGUGGGAAGACCUGCUGCGAUGAGUAUAAGAAGAGAACCAGUGUAAUGGCAAUGUGUGAAUACUGCAAAAUUGAGAAAAUUGUCAAAGAGACAGUGCGAUUCUCAGGCAUAGACAAGGCAUUCUGUAGUGAAGGUUGUAAACUGCUUUAUAAACAUGACUUGGCUAAACGCUGGGGAAACCACUGUAAAAUGUGCAGUUACUGUUUACAGGCUUCCCCCAAACUGGUCCAGAAUCACUUUGGUGGGAAGAUGGAGGAGUUUUGCUCAGAAGAAUGCAUGUCUAAAUUUACGGUUUUGUUUUAUCAGAUGGCCAAGUGUGAUGGUUGUAAGAGGCAAGGUAAACUCAGUGAGUCCAUGAAAUGGCAAGGGGAGAUCAAACAUUUUUGCAAUCUGCUUUGUAUUCUGAUGUUCUGUAAUCAGCAAACUGUGUCUGAACCCCCUCCCCAGAACAACACAGCAAACCUUUCCACGCCACCAACAGCUGCAGCAGCCCCUCCUUCAGUAAGGAAGGAUUCAACUCCUGUUAUAGCAAACGUGGUGUCCCUUGCAAGUACCCCUGCUGCUCAGCCCACAGUUAACUCUAACAAUGUAUUACAAGGUGCAGUCCCUACUGUAACAGCAAAGAUCAUUGGAGAUGCUAGUACACAGACAGAUGCCCUGAAACUGCCACCAUCACAACCUCCCAGGCUCUUAAAAAACAAAGCAUUGUUGUGUAAGCCUAUCACACAGACCAAGGCCACCUCUUGCAAACCUCAUACACAAAACAAGGAAUGCCAGACAGAGGAAGAGGAAGUUCAACCCAAAAUUGUUGUGGUGCCUGUUCCUGUACCUGUGUUUGUGCCGGUUCCCGUUCAUCUCUUCACCCAGUAUACACCUUUUCCACUUGGGGUGCCGGUACCUGUACCAGUUCCCAUGCUUAUCCCAACUACUCUUGAUAAUGCUGACAAGAUCAUUGAGACCAUUCAGGACAUCAAGGAGAAGAUUCCCACCAAUCCAUUUGAGGCUGAUCUCCUUCAGAUGGCAGAAAUGAUUGCAGAAGAUGAAGAAAAGGAAAAAUCUCACUCUCAUGGAGGAUCUCAAACAUCUGAGCAUGAGCUGUUCCUGGACCCCAAGUUAUUUGAGAAAGACCAAGGCAGCACUUACAGUGGGGAUCUAGAAUCGGAAGCAGUCUCAACUCCACACAGCUGGGAGGAUGAGUUGAAUCACUAUGCCUUACGAUCGAAUGCCAUGCAGGAUCCAGACCCUGAGCUUAGGCAGUUCUCCAAAGGGGAUAUGGAACAGGACCUGGAGGCAGACUUCCCAUCAGACUCAUUUGACCCUCUCAGUAAAGGACUGGGUCUCCACUCACGUUCGCGAGCAAGGCGGAGGCAUAGAGAUGGCUUUCCACAGCCAAAAAGACGGGGAAGGAAGAAGUCUAUAGUUUCUGUGGAGCCCCGAAAUCUUAUGCAGGGUUCGUAUCCAGGCUGCUCUGUUUCUGGGAUGACCCUGAAGUACAUGUAUGGGGUAAAUGCCUGGAAAAAUUGGGUCCAAUGGAAAAAUUCACAGGAGGAACAAGGGGACCUAAAAUUUGCAGGAGUCGAACAUGCUGCACCCAACUUAUGUCCAAGGCUACUAGGAAAUACUCAAGAUCUUUCUUUCACUCAAGAUUCCCCUGAGUCCAUCUAUAGAGUUCGGCCCGUAAAACUCAAAGAGGAUAUUCUCUCAUGCACAUUUGCCGAGCUGAGUUUUGGCUUGUGCCAGUUUAUUCAGGAGGUGCGGAGACCAAAUGGCGAAAAAUAUGAUCCCGACAGCAUCUUAUAUUUGUGCCUUGGAAUUCAGCAGUACCUGUUUGAGAAUGGUAGAAUAGAUAACAUUUUUACCGAGCCCUAUUCCAGGUUUAUGAUUGAACUUACAAAGCUUUUGAAAAUCUGGGAACCUACAAUACUUCCAAAUGGUUACAUGUUCUCAAGAAUUGAAGAGGAACAUUUAUGGGAAUGUAAACAGCUGGGUGCAUAUUCCCCUAUAGUCUUAUUGAAUACACUUCUUUUCUUCAACACCAAAUACUUCCAACUAAAGAAUGUCAAUGAGCACCUAAAGUUGUCUUUUGCUCAUGUUAUGAGACGUACCCGGACUCUGAAAUACAACACCAAGAUGACCUAUUUACGGUUUUUCCCACCUUUUCAAAAACAAGAGAUAGAAUCAGAUAAAUUAUCUGUAGGCAAAAGGAAACGCAGUGAGGAUGAGGAGGUUCCAACACCAGUGGAAAUGGCUGAAAAUACAGAUAAUCCCCUGAGAUGUCCAGUCCGACUUUAUGAGUUUUACUUGUCAAAAUGUUCUGAAAGCGUGAAGCAGAGAAGCGAUGUAUUUUACCUUCAACCUGAGCGUUCUUGUGUACCUAAUAGCCCUAUGUGGUACUCCACGUUGCCAAUAGACCCUGGGACCUUGGACAUCAUGUUAACACGUAUUCUUAUGGUGAGGGAGGUACAUGAAGAACUUGCCAAAGUCAAAUCAGAGGACUCUGAUAUUGAGUUGUCGGACUAAGUGAAGUGGGGUAUUUUCCUUUCAAUACACACUGCAAGCACCAAACUGUGAACGCAUCCAGCCUUUGGAAAAUGUUGUGUAUCAAGUAAGCCAAGUCAAUAUCACUAAAGAGGCAUAUUUUGAACCACAAUGGGUGUGCAAACUGGAAUCGGAAGGAAGAAAAUUACGUAAGCUGCAAGAAAGGACGGCAUCUUAUGGCAGUGAUAAAUCAUCUAGACAAACUUAAGAUAAACUAACCUGUUCAAGCGGUGCAUAAAUUCUUUAUUUGUUUGGGAUCUAAAACAAAAAAUUGUGAAAUAUUUUUAAGGAAAACUGUUGUGUAACUUCUACCAUAGUAAGAAUGAGCACAGAGAGCUAGACUGUGGCACACGUGACUUCCCAGCCUGAUGGCAGGCCAUCCAUUACUGCGGAAAAAAACCCUCUGGAGACCCGUGAGCUUUCUUCCCACAUGGACGAGAGACAAAGUACAGUGAUGUUCUGACAAACAGAUGCCUUCUGUUACACACACGCACGCAUACCUACACAUGCGCACACACUUUUUUAAAAAAACUUUUUUUUAAAGGCCAGAAACCAAUGGUACUAUCCUACAGGACAGCUACCUAGACUGCUGUUGAAAAGUUACAUAAUGCUGGAGUCUAGCUCUCAAUCCAUACUAAUAACUAUGGCUCUGAUGGAGCUCUGAUAUGAGUGAAGUGCUGUAAAUCAAGCAUCAGAGCAAUCAUGUUAUGGGACAGAAAUUUCUGGAGUAUUUAUAGGAGAGCAAGAGUCCAGGGCAAUGUGCAGAAAAUCCCAUGAAUAGCCCACUUGCUUCUACAGUCUUGAUAAAAUUAGCAAACGCUAUGGCGUGCAGAAAUUUUUUUUCCUUAAGGCAGCUUUCCUUUUCCCUCCUUUCCCAACUCCUACGUAAUCCCCCCCUACCCCACACACUUUUUUUUUUUUAACGAGGCAAGUCUGGAGAGCCUUGUCAUUUCAAGUGAAGAUACACUCAGUCUUUCUCUUUCCCCCUUACAAAGCCUACAGUGUUGUACAAAGGAUGCAGUAUUACUUUUGACAACAGAACUAUGGUAGAAGAGUACCUUGUGCAUUUUUUUUAAUCCCACCCUGCCCAAAGAAGUUUAGUCAUAGUGUUGGAAACUGAAAGAAUUUUUUUGAUGGCUUGGCUGUUACUGCAUCUCUUAGAUGUGGAAUUCUUCCGUAUUGCAUCUAAAGGACAGGACACUAAUCAGAUGAUAACUGCGUCUCUCUCCAUUUAUUCAAGUUUGAGAUGCUUGUUUCUGAAGACCAGGUCAUGAAUGCAUUGGAAACCCAAAUUAUUUUUAAAGAGAAUUGUAAGGUUUUUAUCUGUAGUUUUGGUCAGUAGCCCAACUUCUGUAGCAGGGAUCUGAUAUUUGACCUUGUCACUGAAAAUUCAGGAAUUGAAAAUCAACAGCCUUGAAAGAAAUCUCUUUUUUGUUUGUUUGGGGUUUUUUAAUUUUAUUUUUUUUUUAGCAGUAACAAAAAGUAAUUUAACAAAAAUAAAAUCAAAGUAGUCUAUUGACGUUGUGUACUCAGUAGUCCUGUCCCUGCUUGUAACAAAUUUCACUGAUGUAUUUUUUAAUACAGAAAACUGUGUGAAAAGUAAACCUGCCCCUGAUUCUGUAUGAUCCAAGUCCAUCUGUGUCUGUCAUUUCUGAUCGGAGAUGCUGUUUACUUCACAUCCUGGCCUGUCAUUGUUGAGAGGAAAUACUUAAGCCAACAUAUAUUAUCCUACCAAUAAACUGCCCAGACCCAUGGAGGCUUAAUGAUUUCAACUAUGUUAAUUUUAUAGUGUAUAAACACUAACCUUUCCCUCGCUGUAGUUAUAUUAAAGUAGUAGUUAAAUAGCAGGUGCACUAUUCUGAGUUUGGACAUUUGGUAUAAUUCAGAAAAAAAUCAAGUCUAUUGUAUGAUGCAGCGUGCACAUGCAUGCACACACACAUGCAAGCAGGCAAGCACAGGAGAUGUCUUGCUUGCUUGCAAGUAUGCCCAGAAGUUCAAUAUUAAUACAGACCAGGAAAUGUCCAUGUAUUAUUGUAAUUCUUGGACAUUCACCACACAAGUGCAGCUAUUCAGGUCUGUUUCAGGUUGUUUUCCCCGUGUUUGAUUUUUCAGGUAAUAAGAAAGGAAAACGGUCAAGACCAACCUUGUUUGUUUGUGGGGGUUUUUUUCCUUUAAACAACAACAAAAACAAAAAUCUGAGUUUUCCCUUGAUCAAAGUUAUAGAAAUAUUCCCAUAGAAUAAAAUAAUCUAUUUGUAUAUGAUGAGUGACUUCAUUCAUUUUUCUUUCUGUCUCUAAAGAACCUCAUUCUCUUUCCUGUCUGCAGAACUACAGCGUAUCAGUUCGGUCUCGGUAUCUGAAAUGAUUCUUACCCUUCGUGUCCUCUUCAGAAAACAAACCUAAAUCACUUUAGCCGAGCUGAUUGAGAGCAGAGUUGCUGAACAUUUUUGUCUUUUUUAUAUUUUUUUUCUUUGACGUUAAAUGGUUCAUUGCAGCUUUUCGGUAACAUUUAAUAGGAUCAUAGUUUGGGUUUUCCACAGUGAUACCUUCUGCUUUGUGGUUCUUCAUUAGGGACAGUGUACGUUUCCUGGGUAUUCCACUGUUGUCUCAGCCACCCAGAAGAUCCGUGGUCAAUUUGGUUAGGGUUUCUUAGUUAGAGGGCCCUCUUAUUUAGAAAAGUUUAAAUAUAUUUAUAAGUUUUAUGUAGAGUAUCAAAGGAACUGGAUAUCCUAAAACACUUAGACAUAACUAUUUAUAAUAAAAGGUUUCUAUAUUGUUUGCUGUCCACGCAACACUUCCAUUACUUGAAAUGCUCUAUUUAAAGAGAGAAAUCACUUCCUUUAGUCUAUAAACGAGCAUAGAAAUAACAAAGGUGUGUGCAAGAAGGAUGAAGGCAUUGCUCCCUGCUAAUAGGAUUUCUCUGAUUAUUUAUAUGCCUUCUAACCCCUGGAGGCUUCUAAUUUUGAGCGUGCUAUCCUAUAUAUGCACAGAGAAACAUCUCUGUACAAACCGUUAUGCUUGAGGGCCUAGGAGCUGAAAUGUCUUGCUACUUAUUAUAGGGUGUGUUAUAGUAAAUUACAGCUGUAUCCAGUAAUUAGAGUCCUUGAAUUUUGCUCUUUUUAUUUUAUAGCCUUUCUGGGGUAUGACUGUGCUCUGUACAGUUCUGUCAUUUUUCUAGUGCGAGUUACCCUAAAAAAAAUGCUCAGUACUUAAUGUACUGAGCUCCUUCAGCUUCAGUUGACUUUAGAGGGAGACUGAAGGCACUUGGAGUGUCACAGAAUCAGGUGCAAAGGAAGAUGCAUGUUUUAUAAAUUAUUCCAUCAACUUCAGUCAACACUGAUCCAGAAAAGACUGGAUUUAUCUGGGAAGUCUCCAGUUUGAUCAUGUUUUCUCAGAGGCUUAAAAUCAAGUGAUGGCAACAUCAUCUCUUUCCUGCAGUCGUAUAACGACCAGACAGCACUGAUGAAGCUUUAGUGCUGGGGUUACAGAACUGACUCAGAAUGUGCAAUAAAGUCUUUCCUUGAGCAAUAGGUUCACUGUUGCCUUAAAAAAUAGAGAACAAAUGAUGUGCAUAGAAAUGUUAUUGGUAGGGUUCAAUUUCCAUCUCAGGCUAUCUAAACAGAAUAAGGGCGUUUCAGUUUUGCUAGCCUCAAUGCAGUAGGGUUUCCUUUUUGUGUGUGUGUAUUAUUUCUAAUAAACCCAAUGAAAUCAGAAUCUGGAUUAGUUUUCUUUUGCUGCAUGGCUGCUAAUUUAAAAAACGUGGCAUGUAAAAAAGGGACAUCUUUUCACGCUAACUUGCAGUACUAAAACAAGCAACUGGACUUGAGCAGCCAAUGAUGCAGAUACAUUGCAGAAAACAGAUGGAACCUACCCAUAUUUACUGUAUUUUUUGUAAAUCUUUGCAGCGGCAGUAAUUUUUAAUUCUUGACAAACCCUGAAAAAAUGGCUGAUGCUUAUCAAAUACUUCUAUAUUUUUUCAUGAAUCAGAUUUUCCAAAGAGCAACGUGAAACUGGGUUGUUAUCGGUCCUUAUGCAAGAGAGAUUUUGCAGCCAAUCUUUGUGGCAUGGUACUUCUUGAUGGAAUAUGGAUUUCACUCCUGUAUUGAAAGUGUCAGACGAUUGCUAGCUGCUUAUUUUCUGCAGGAUGAAAGUUAGUUUCAUCUUACUUUGGUAUUAAUAAAGCGGAAUCAAAGAGUCUGGUUUUCCCUUUAAGAAUUGCAACUUUAGAGUGAACCCUGCUUGCAUUACACAAGAAUUACCACUGAAGUAAAAUCCCUGUGAGAUGAGCCGUAUUACCAUUUUGUGUCUUUCUGUUCCUUGAUGCCUUCAGAACUGAAAGGGUGGGACUAGAUUUUUACACUAUAACUGUUCUGGUGUGGGCAGUAGCUUGAGAACAAUUUCUACUUCAAUAUUGUGACGGAAAGCUUGUCAGCUAGUUACGUCUAGCCACACCUGCAACAAAAAUACUUUUUUUUCUUUGGGGCUUAAAUGCACGUGUAGACGGUGACAGCAGGAUUAAUUUACUCUGGCUCAAAUUGAGCCGGAGUAUAUUCAGGCGCAUUAAUUGCACAUGUAGACAAGCCCAACGUUACUUGAGCAUAAUACAAGAGUGACAGUAUGGUAUGCAGAUGCUGUUAUACCAGGAAUGGGACAGACUUUGCAAAGCCCUACUUUGAAAACUCAGAAGGUUUAAGUUUAGAAUUACAAACUUUUUUUAUUAUUUUGUUAUUUCAAUUUGAGGAAGAGUUUUAACGAUGAACAUAAUAUUGUUGUGGGUUUUUUUCAUUUAAAGUUAGGUGCUACAUGCAUUUGAAUCAACAAAGCUAAACUGAUUUAUAAACCAUUGUCAACUUGCCCCAUCAUAUAACCAUUCUAGAAUUUUGUAACACAAGUUUUAAUGAUGACAUGAAACCUAGAUAUCUGGGAUUCUCCCAUCCCUAGUUCCUAACUUGGAUAGGAUGAUAACAUUCACACAGCUAAAGCUUUUCCUAUCUUCCUGAGAGAUUUUGUGGUGGUGGGGUCUCCCCAAAAACCCUGGAAUUUACUAGGGUAGCUAUAAAAAAACACAGUAUUCUCUCAAAAUGAUCAAGUUAAAAAAAGCACAUCAUUCUGAAUGCGUAUGCAUUUCUUUGGCCAAAAAUCCUAUCUGGAUUCUCCAUGAUCAGAUUGUGCAUGCAAAGGCAACAACAGCUGGUUGAGCCAUGGAUGGCUCAUAUGGUUUAUAACAAACUCUAAUUGUUCAAUUCACAAAGGAAUAGCUCAUUUGCGAUCUUGGGCCAAAUACCUCUCUCGCAUUUGAAUAUUGCCUGUGUAUAUUUAUAACCCAAAAAAACCCUAGAAUGGUCUCAGUCUUGAUCCUGGGUAGCCAGUAUCCCUACCCAUAGCCUACUUGAAACAGGGGCUGAUUCAUGGCACUUGAGUUCUGUUCCCAGUUCUGCCAUGGACUCAUACCAGAGCCUUAGUUCACAUUACAAGAACUACUACUAUAAUAUAGAUGAAAGCCUCCACUGAGUCACUUGCUCCUUUGUACCUCACUUUUGCCAUCUGUAAAUUGGCUAUGGUUUUCCACUUCAUAUGGGUUUUGCAAGCCUGAUUUCUGUAACAUUUUGCAUCCCUUGAAUGAAAAGUGCCAUGUAACUGCAAAACAUUACUUCCAGAGCUGUAAAAGGCUAGUUAAUGAAUAAGUAUUUACUAACUUCAGCCUUUAUUAAAAGGAACAUAUUUCUUAACCCUGAAAGGGAGGGUUUUUGUUCAAGUAACAUCUGUGUUCUAGAAAAGUGACUAAGAAAAUCUUUAACUUGACCAGAAGAAUAAAUCCUUAUCCCACAAAUCAUGUCAAGAUCUCACAUUGAAAAUGAUAUCUUUAUGGUUUUUUUGAGCUAAUUCAAACCCCCACAAGUUUAAAUAUUUCAGGGCAGAAUGUACAUAUUUUUCCAUAUGUUUGGACAGCACCUUGUACAAUGGGACCCAGUCUUUUUGAGACCUCUGAGUGUCUGGGUGCUACUGUGAUCGACUGACAUCAAAAAUUGUUAUGCAUAACAUUGAAUCUAUGGGGGGAAGGGAAUCAUUUAAUCUGCAACCAUGAUCAGCUAAGACAACUAAUUUCCCCUAUCCAAUUUCCUGCUUUGCAAAAGUAAUUCCAUCUGCAGGUCUGUUUCUCAAGGUGUUUUGUAACCUUAAUGCUCCUCUUGUGGACAGAUUUACAAAAUAUAAAACAGCAACUCUUAAUAAUCUUAUCAAUCACUAUUCACUUGAUAGUUGAUAGCCAGUGCUGUAGCUUGGGAAAGCAGUUAAAACUCCCUUUGCACUGUUAGGAGAAAUAUCUAAUAAACCUGAAUAAGCAGAAAGAGUGAGUCCUUGGCACAGGAGGGUUUACUGAAGUUGCUGCCAUUGCAACUCCAGCUGUUACUUAACAGCUCAAACUAUUAGCUAUCUCACCUACCUGAAAAAGUCACUAUCCAAAAUCACUGAUGCGUGCAGUUAAAAUUCCCCUCGUCUUCUGAAUUAAAACGCCUGCUUCCUCUUUAUUUGGAUUCAUAGCAAUUUUUCUGUAUGCAUUUUUUUAGCCCUUGAUCCUACAGAAAUGUAUUUAAAUGGAAACAUUUGAUGAUUAAUCCCACUGGCUACUAUAUACAGUAUACACAAGUAAUGUCAAAUGUGUGCAUCUGUGUUUAUGGCCUACGUGUGAUAAGUUUUCUAGCUGUCUCAAAACAGUUGAGGAAAGCCAUUUAACCUGACUUGUCAUUCAAAAUCAGACAAAUGAGACUAAUUAACUGUUCCAGUAAGAUAUAUAAUAUUCCUCCAGCCAUAUUUCUAUGUAAAUAAAAAGAAAAUCUCGCAGUUAAAAUUUGCCACAGCAAAUAACGAUUCCUAUAAUUGUAUAUGUACUGUUUAUAAAUACAUAUCCUUUUAUUAGCACUACAUCCUGAAUUAAUAUUGUACAGUGGCAAACUGCUGAACCACAGAAUAUCCUGUUACACAGAAUAUGUGACUAGACAUUUUAUACCAGCUUCUGAAAGUAUACUCUGGGUUCAUAGGCAGCCAAAUCUACCAAGAUGAGUUACAGAAGCUCUGAUUGAUUUUUUUUUUAAUUGAGGUGUCUUUUAAUAUACUGUACAUCUGAUAUUUUUGUACUGUUAUUUGAAGAGAGCUCAACUGAAACAUUUGCAGCUGGUAUUCAGUGAAGGAGGCAAAAAAUGUUAAGCCUAGAUGUUCUUGUUAACAAUAACGGCAUGUGAUUUGAAAAAAAGUAGCGGCAAAAUAAUGUGAAUGGCAGCGUAGUGACUAAACUAUUGUUUAAUGCAUUUCUUUUAGGUAGUUUAUUGUGGAUGGUCUAGUAACUGAAAUUCAGAUGUUGGCAGUAGGAAGCUUUGUAUACCAAUGUAUUUAAGUGUAUAACACUGGAUAGGUCUCCCUUUUCAUAAAUGCUUAAAAUACAAAAAGUGGAGAUUUUUUUUGUUGUUGAUGUGUUGUUUUUGUUUCUCUUGAAACCCAUCUAGGAUUUAGGGAGGGCAUCACAGUACUGCUGUGAAGGCACAGAAACGCAUUCCUUACCUCUAAGGCAGAACUACUCAGAAAUAUAUUUUGAAGGGACUACAAGUGAAGUUUUCCUGCUCCAGGGAAAAUUGUGUACCAAUAACAUAACAAUAAGUUAAGGUAUAUUUCCAGUCCAUUCUGCAAAUUCACAGUGCAUUAUUUUCUUUAGUUUAGCUCUUACGGUGAUAUAUUUUUCCUUUCCCCAAUGGGUUUAGGCCCAGAUCCUGUAGACAUGAAUGGGCUUAAACCUGUGAAUAAAACCCUAGCUUUAAAAGGGACUAUUCACGUACUUAAAGUUGUGUAUACGCAUAAGCGUUUACAAGAUCAGGGCCUUCGUAUGUAAAAUAUGAUUUAAGAAUUAGCCUGCAUUCUUGAUAACAAAACUGUCUUUAGGUGAUUAACAAAUGACAAUAGAUCUGUAUAAGUUCUUGGGCUGGUCCAUGUUAUUGCAGUGACUUUUGGUUUGGGGUUUUUGUUUUUUGGGGGUUUUUUUGGGGGGUGGGGGUUGUUUGUUUUGUUUUUAAACCAGAAGCUGUAUGUCUGGUCCUUGCUAUCUGUGUGUGUAGUGGCUACGUUUUGAGGAGUUGCAAGCUGUUACCUUGCUGUGGCAGCACGUGCAGGGGUGGGAGGUUCUGGGGACAAUGGCGGGUUUAAAUGUGUGUAUAUAUUGAGCACCUACUGCAUUUGUAUUUUUUUAUAUUGUUCAGAUAAAAUGUUCUCAUUUCACAUGUCAGUCCAGUCUAUCAUCUACCACCAUGUACAAUUUGAAUUAAACACCGUUUAUAAUAAAACUAUAUCUACAUCUUU